UUUGUACACGUAGAAAUAUUCCUGAUUGUUUUUCAUUAUAUUAUUUCAAAUAUUCCAGAAUACCAAACACAAUUAUCACAUUGUUGUUCAAUUAUGUCUUUGGUUAGAGCAGUGGUUCUCAAACUGUGGGUCGGGACCCCUUUGGGGGUCGAAUGACCCUUUCACAGGGGUCGCCCAAGACCAUUGGAAAACACAUAUUUUCAAUGGUUUUAGGAAUAAUUUUAUGGUUGGGGGUCACCACAACAUGAGGAACUGUAUUAAAGGGUUGCGGCAUUAGGAAGGUUGAGACCCACUGGGUUAGAGGGAAAAAACCCACAACUUCGUUAGGGGUGAUCUGAUACCUUUUGCUGUUGCCUGAAUAUUUCUGUUCUGAUAUUGGGCCAAGUAUCUGGGCCUUUCCCUUUCUCUGCCUGUCCUACCUUUCCAUCUCCGCUUGUCUGAGGAAGACUCUGGUGAGAGUUCUGAUUGCUGCAUCCAGAACGUUGCAUUUUUAAACCAGGAGUCCCCAACCCACAGGCUUUGUCCAGAACUAGGCCGUGCAAGCAGUGGAUGAGCGUGUGCAAGCGUAGCUAGUGGCAGGCACUCACACUUUGAGCGGUGGGUGCACAGGCCAGCUACUUCCACAAAUGGAGCUGUGCAUGCAUGCGUCUGCCAGCAGCUUGCAUAGAACCAUCCUCCUCCUCCUCCCCCACCUGGGCUACAAAGCCAGAAAGGUUAGGGACUGCUCUUUUAAAUCGUCAAUCAUACCCAAUUUAAUUGAGUUGAGCUCAAAAACGUUUCUCAAAAGUCCUGGAUUCUAAAAGGUUUUAAGUUUUCUGUCUCCCGAUAAGGGUUGUGGAGAUGUUUUAUUUUGAAAAAAUAUUGGAGAUACAAAAGAGAAGCAUAGAAACAAUGGGUUCGUAUUAUGUUUGUUUUUUAUACUAAAUCAGACAUGUCAAACACAAAGCCUGCAGAUCAGAACCAGCCCACGAGCAGGGUUAGAUGUGGCCCAUGGGGCCACGCUAGAGACAGUGAGGUGCUGCCCCCACUGCCUUGGCCCACCCCAGCUGGACGCGACCCCUGGGUAUGUGCACAGGAGGUGAUGAGCACAUGGGAUCUGGAGUGCCAAGUGGCGGCAGAGGCCCUGGUGUUGGGCGCUGCGUUGCUGCCAGGGCUCUCCACCCCCUCAUCUGCUCGUCAGAGAUUAAAAAGAGGGAAAAUCUAGAAACUGAUGUUUGCCCGAGAGGCCAUUUCCUUUCUAGAUAGGCAAUGUUAGAGGGAAACUUUCCUUCCAAGUUUAAUGCCCAUCAUCCCAGACCCACAUGAAACAUGAGGUCCUGAGCCCUUGCAGGGCCUUCUCGCAAUGCGCACAGGAUCCUCUAGGGGGCUCCCUGGAAGAGCCGGGCAACUCCUUCCCGCCCCGCCGAUUUACGGGAGAACUGAGCAUGCGCCGGUCUCUUUCCCAAGCCAGGAGAGCUGCGUGCUUCUCUCUAGCCGUUUUCCUGCAGAGGCUUCAAAGUUUGUCUGCUCUUUCUACGGUCUCCGAUUCUGCCUUUGGGUGAGCCUUUCUAGCACAGGGAAGGCUCUGCACGGAAGUCUCGGAUCUGGAGGGUUCACUGCAAUUUCCGCCAUAUGUUGAGAGAGCAAGCUAACUAAUGAUUUCACCUCCUUCGCAGACCUUGGUAUCUUGUCUGGGAAGAGAGCUGAAUGGCCUUGGAAAAUUUGACCAGACCUCUUGUGAACAGAAAGACCUGUGGAGAUCCAUGGGUCCAUUUUGGAGCUUUAUUAGAGACCAGAGAGAAGAUGGAGGGACAACACCCAGCAGAUGCAGAAGUUAGAAAAGUCCCUCCAGCUGCUCAGCCUUGGAGCUGUGGGAAGAAUGGGGCAAGUCCUGGGCAGAAGAGCCACGAAGAGGCAUCCAACACUUCAGAGGUCCAAUGCUGUCACUUCACAAAAGUGCAGUUUCAGGAGGGGAGCCGUCCCCGAGAUGUUUGCACUCAGCUUCACUACCUUUGUCGUCAGUGGCUGCAACCAGAAAAACACACCAAGGCUCAGAUGCUGGACCUGGUGCUCCUGGAACAAUUCCUGGCUGUCCUUCCCCCAGAGGUGGCAAAAUGGGUGCGGGAGUGUGGAGCAGAGACCAGUUCCCAGGCGGUGUCCCUGGCUGAAGGCUUCUUGCUGACUCAGGAGGAGGAAAACAUGCAGGAAGAGUUGCAGAAAUCCAUGGAAACUGUGACUGAGUAUUCUAAGGAGGGGAAAGAUUCAUUCAAAACUUCUCAAGAGCUGCUCUUCAGGGAGAACUUCCAGAAAGAACAAAGUCAAGAUGCUAUGCAAGAGAGUAGAAAGCUCUCCUUGGAGUUUUUAGAAUCACCUCUUUGUUCUGGAGCUGAAGGUUUAGCUGAACCGCUAUUUCAGGUUGUUAUGUCUUUUGAAGAAGUGGCCGUGUAUUUCUCCAAGGAAGAGUGGUCUCAACUGGAUGCUGAUCAAAGAGAGCUCUACAGGGAAGUCAUGCUGGAGAAUUCCAGGAAUCUCCUUUCUCUGGGUUUUAAUGAGCAAGAGCAUAAGAAUUGCAAGGAGGAACACCAAGCAAUCCAUUCAAAAGUGGGGGAAAGGAAAUUUGUAGAUCAGAUGAAACUAAAGAGUGAUGAAACAAAGCAGUCACAAAGUGGAGUUAAGAAAGGUCUUCCUCUGGUCAGUUGGCUUCCUAACCAUACAGUGAUUGAUAUGGGAGAAAGACCAUAUAAAUCCAUGGAGUGUGGAAAGAUGUUUAAUAAAUCCGAUCAUCUCUUUUCUCAUAAAAAGACACUUUCAGAAGAGAAACGAUUUACCUGUACGGAGUGUGGAAAGACCUUCCGUUAUAGAUACUCUCGUAUAAGACAUCAAAGGAAUCAUAAAGGAGAAAGACCUUAUCAAUGCAUGGAGUGUGGAAAGGCCUUUAAUUGUAAAAGUGAUCUUAAUUCCCACAAGAGGAGCCACACAGGAGAGAAACCUUAUAAAUGCACGGAGUGUGGAAAGGCCUUUAAUUAUAGCAGUAGUCUUAAUCCCCACAAGAGGAUCCACACAGGAGAAAGACCUUAUAAAUGUGUGCAGUGUGGAAAGACGUUUACGCGUAGCAAUCGUCUUAAUUUGCACAAGAGGAUCCACACAGGAGAGAAACCGUAUCAAUGCCUGGAGUGUGGAAAGACCUUUAGUUGUAGGAGUAGUCUUAAUUCCCACAAGAGGAUCCACACAGGAGAGAGACCCUAUCAAUGCAUGGAGUGUGGAAGGACCUUUACUUGUAGCAGAAGUCUUAAUUCCCACAAGAGGAUUCACACAGGAGAAAGUCCUUAUAAAUGCAUGCUGUGUGGAAAGAGCUUUACUCAUAGCAGCAGUUUUCAUCGCCACAGGAAGAGCCACAUAGAAGAGAAGUCAUAUAAAUGUGUGCAAUGUGGAGAGGGUUUUAGAAAGAGUUGUGAUCUCACUUCCCAUAAAAGGAUCCAUAUGGGAGAAAAAAACAUAGCUGAGCGUUUCCAGAGGCUGCAGGGAAAUCUUUUAUCGGAUGCAGAGAUCCACACGUGGCUCAGAGUUCAACGAGUGGCGGGCUUUUCUUUGGCGGCGGAAGCGUGCCUGAAGAGGAGGAAAAGUUCACCAGGUCCGGAGUUACUGAAGUAUCCUGUGAAGGAAGAGAGCAUAAUGGCCUUAGGAGAUUUGGAUAGACCUUUUGUGUUUAGUCAGACCUGCGGAAAUGCAUGGAUCCAUUUUGGUGCUGGAUUAGAGACCAGGGAAAAGAUGGAGGGACAACGCCCAACAGAUGCAGGAGCUGGAAAAGACGGUCCAGAUUCUCAGCCUUGGAGUUGUGGGAAGAAUGGAUCAAGUCCUGUGCAGAAGAGCCAAGAAGAGGUCCAAUUCUUUCACUUCAGAAAAGUGCAAUUCCAGGAGGGGAAGAGUCCCCGAGAUGUUUGCAGUCAGCUUCACCAGCUUUGCCAUCAAUGGCUGCAGCCAGAAAGACACACCAAGGCUCAGAUUCUGGACCUGGUGCUCCUGGAGCAGUUCCUGGCUGUCCUUCCCCCAGAGAUGGAGAAAUGGGUGCGGGAGUAUGGAGCACAAACCAGUUCUCAGGCGGUGUCCCUGGCUGAAGGCUUCUUGCUGACCCAGGAGUCUGAGAAGAUGCAAGAAGAGUUGCAGAAACCUUUGGAAGCUGUGACUGAGUAUCCCAAGGAGAGGAUAGAUUCACCCAAACCCUCUCAAGACAUGCAGUUAAGGGAGAGCUUCCAGAAAGAUCAAAGUCAAGAUGUGAUGCCAGAUAAUAGAAAGCUGUCCUCAAUAUUUUUAGAAUCACCUCUUUGUGUUGGAGCUGAAAGAGUGGCUGAAACCCUGCCACAGGAUGUUGUGUCUUUUGAGGAAGUGGCCGUAUAUUUCUCCGAGGAGGAGUGGUCUCAACUGGAUGCUGACCAAAAAGCGCUGCAUGGAGAAGUCAUGCUGGAAACUAUCAGGAAUUUGUCUUCUCUGGGUAAGAUGAGUGCAAAAAGAAAGAGCUAUUCUGUUGAGUUCAAGAAAGGAAUCGUGGAGGACUCUCUGGGCAAGAAUCUUGUGGCUUUCUGCAAAGAGAAGAAAUUGGAUCUCCGAAUGGUCCGAAAAUGGCGAGCAGUGUAUGAUAACCUCAGUCAACAGGUGGAUGAAGGAAAUGCUAAGAAGCGCAAGUGUGGAUCAGGUCGGCAACCAUUAUUUCCUGAGCUGGAAGACAUCAUCUGCGAAUGGAUUGCUGACAGGAGAGCCGAGAGAAGUGAGCGAUCGGAGUCCCUUCUGCUGGCUUUGCAUGCAAGGCUGGAACUCCGUGUGCAAGGAGUUGCAUGCAAGAAAUCUUUGGAAGCUGUGACUGAGUAUCCCAAGGAGAGGAUAGAUUCGCCCAAACCCUCUCAAGACAUGCAGUUAAGGGAGAGCUUCCAGAAAGAUCAAAGUCAAGAUGUGAUGCCAGAUAAUAAAAAGCUGUCCUCAAUAUUUUUAGAAUCACCUCUUUGUUUUGGAGCUGAAAGAGUGGCUGAAACCCUGCCACAGGAUGAUGUGUCUUUUGAGGAAGUGGCCGUGUAUUUCUCGGAGGAGGAGUGGUCUCAACUGGAUGCUGACCAAAAAGCUCUCCAUGGGGAAGUCAUGCUGGAGACUAUCAGGAAUUUGUCUUCUCUGGGAGGUGGCGGGGGGGACAGGGGUGUCUGGGUGCAGCCCGCUGCCCCAUUGGCCAGCACACUCAGGAGCUGCUCUGCCCAUGCAGCUCAGUCUUUGCUUACGGUCACAAUGGGGCAGGUAGCCAUGUGGCUUGUUCGGCGGGCCAGAUCACAUGCCUCACCUCUGCCUCUGUCUGAUGCUGGUGCUGGUGCCUCCACCUGCAAGCCAUGGCAGGUGGGGUUACUGCCACUUCCCGACCCUUACGGGCUUGGCCCCCUCAGUCCAACCCUGUCCUCCAGCUCCUGUGCACAAGACCAGAACGCGAGUGACUUCAAGCUGGUCACACCCACUCGCCCCGUCCCCAGGGAAACUACAAUGCUGAUGCGGUCCCUCAAUGAAAUCGAGUUUGACACCUCUAAUUUAAUGGUAGACUUAAAUGGAAUAAUAUUUUUAUCCCUAGGCAAGAUGAGUGCAAAAAGAAAGAGCUAUUCCGUCGAGUUCAAGAAAGGAAUCGUGGAGGAUUCUCUGGGCAAGAAUCUUACGGCUUUCUGCAAAGAGAAGAAGUUGGAUCUCCGAAUGGUCCGAAAAUGGCGAGCAGAGUACUAUAACCUCAGUCAACAGGUAGAUGAAGGAAAUGCUAAGAAGCGCAGGUGUGGAUCAGGCCGGCAGCCAUUAUUUCCUGAGCUGGAAGAUACCAUCUGCGAAUGGAUUGCUGACAGGAGAGCAAAGGGUUUAGUUGUGCACAGGACUGAUAUUCAAACCUUUGCCCUUGCAAUGACACCACAGUGGCAACCAUGGUUUGUGCUCUGCCAGGCCUGGAGUUCAGGUCUUGCUCAGGCUGCUGCUGCGAGGCAGAAAGCCGUGUGGUGCACAGAAAUCAGCCCCCCUCCCUCUGCCCGUCUGCUAGGCCUGCUGUACCUGCUACUGCUGGCCUCGCAGGGGGUCUUUGCCUUCCUGGCAGUCCUGCUGGGCUGCUCCUCCCUGUUCUGUAAGGCGAAGACCUGGGGAGAUGCAUGGGUCCAUUUUGGAGCUGGAUUAGAGACCAGAGCGAAGAUGGAGGGACAACGCCCAGCAGAUGCAGGAUCUAGAAAAGGCCAUCCAGCUACUCAGCCUUGGAGCUGUGGGAAGAAUGUGGCAAGUCCUGGGCAGAAAAACCAAGAAGAAGAAGUCAGCAGUUCAAAGGUCCAAUACUGUGACUUCAGAAAAGGACAAUUCCAGAAAAGGAGGGAUCCCCGAGAUGUUUGCAAUCAGCUUCACCGGCUUUGCCGUCAGUGGCUGCAGCCAGAAAGACACACCAAGGCUGAGAUGCUGGACCUGGUGCUCCUGGAGCAGUUCCUGGCUGUCCUUCCCCCAGAGAUGGAGAAAUGGGUGCGGGAGUGUGGAGCGGAGACCAGUUCCCAGGCGGUGGCCCUGGCCGAAGGCUUCUUGCUGACCCAGGAGUCUGAGAAGAUGCAAGCAGAGUUGCAGUCCCUUCAAGCUAUCACCGAGUAUCCUCAGGGGUGGAAAGAGUCAUCGAAAUCCUCUCAAGAGCUGCUAUUCAGGGAGAGCUUCCAGAAAGGUCAAAGUCAGGACAUCACAACAGAUAAUAGAAAACUGUCCUUACUAUUUUUAGAACAACCUUCUGUCUGUGAUAGAGCUGAAAGUGUGGCUGAACUUUUGCCUCAGGGUGUUGUGUCUUUUGAGGAAGUGGCUGUGCAUUUCUCUGAGAAGGAGUGGUCUCAGCUGGAUCCUGCCCAAAAAGCUCUCCAUGGGGAAGUCAUGCUGGAGAAUUCCAGGAAUCUGGCUUACCUGGGCUUUAAUGGAGAAAGAGAAGAGAAUAAGAAUUACAAAGAACAAUGCCAAGCGACCCAGCCGAAAGAGGAAAAAAGGAAGUUUGCCGAUCAGAUGCAACUAAAGAGUGAUGCAAAAAAGAGAUCACAUAGUGGAAUUAAAAAAGCCUUUCCUCGGCUCAGUUUGCUUCCUAACUAUACAAGCAACAAUACAGGAGAAGAACCAUGUAAAUGUACGGAGCUUGGAAAGAGCUGUAAUAAAUCUGAUCAUCUCAUUUCCCAUAAAAAGACACAUUCAAAAGAGAAACGAUAUACCUGCAGGGAGUGUGGAAAGACUUUCCGUGAUAAUCACUCUCUUAGAACUCAUGAAAGGAAAUACACAGGAGAACGGCCUUAUAGAUGCAUGGAGUGUGGAAAGACCUUUAGUUAUGGCAGUAAUCUUACUAUCCACAAGAGGAUCCACACAGGAGAGAAGCCUUAUCAGUGCAUGGAGUGUGGAAAGUCCUUUUCUCAUAGUAGUAGUCUUAAUUCCCACAAGAUCAUCCACACAGGAGAGAAGCUGUAUAAAUGUGUGGAAUGUGGAGAGAGCUUUAGAUGGAAUUCUAAUCUUACUUCCCAUAAAAAGAUUCAUACAGGAGGGAAGCCAUAUCAAUGCAUGGAGUGUGGAAAGACUUUUACUUGUAGCAGUACUCUUAAUUCCCACAACAGGAUCCACAGAGGAGAGAAGCCAUAUCAAUGCAUGGAAUGUGGCAAGACCUUUACUUAUAGCAGUACUCUUAAUAUCCACAAGAGGAUCCACACAGGAGAGAAGCCAUAUCAAUGCAUGGAUUGUGACAAGUCCUUUACUUGUAGUGGUAGUCUUAAUAUCCACAGGAGGAUCCACACAGGAGAGAAACCAUAUAAAUGCAGGGAGUGUGGAAAGACCUUUACUCGUAACAGUUAUCUUAAUAUCCACAAGAGGAUCCACACAGGAGAGAAGCCAUAUCAAUGCUUGGAGUGUGGAAAGAGCUUUAGUUGUAGUAGUAGCCUUACUUACCACAAGAGGAUCCACACAGGAGAGAAGCCAUAUCAAUGUAUGGAGUGUGGAAAGACCUUUACUUGUAGCAGUAGUCUCAAUUCCCAUAAAAAGAUCCACACAGGAGAGAAGCCUUAUAAAUGCAUGGAGUGUGGAAAGAGCUUUACUCGUAGCAGUAAUCUUAAUUCCCACAAGAGCAUCCACACGGGAGAGAAGCCAUAUCAAUGUGUGGAAUGUGGAAAGGGCUUUAGGUGGAAUUCUGAUCUCACUUCACAUAAAGGGAUCCAUACAGGAAAGAAGCCCUAUAAAUGUAUGUAGACUAGAAGGAUCUUUCAUUGUAGCCGUAAUCUUAAUUCCCACAAGAGCAUCCACACGGGAGAGAAGCCGUAUUAAUGUGUGGAAUGUGGAAAGGGCUUUAAGAAGAAUUGUGAUCUUACUUCCCAUAAAGGGAUCCCUAUGGGAGAAAAACCAUAUCAAUGCAUGCAGAGUGGAAAGAGCUUUGCAAGGAGUUACACUCUUACUUGCCAUAGAAAGAUCCACAUACAGGUGAAGCCAUAUCAACACAGGGAAUGUGGGAAGAGUUUCAGUAGAAAUACAGGUAGUUCUCGGUUUAUGACUGCGGUUGAAAGAAUAAGCAGGUCCAAACUGAGGGUGAGCAAAGGAAGAUGGCUCAUAUCCCAGUCCUCGAUUUACGAUCAUAAUUUAACUCAAUUAUGAUUGUAAGUGAAACAUUUAUUAAAUGAGUUUUUCCCAUUU